AUGUGUUCUUGCAAUAAAAGUGCCAACAAAAUGCUCAAGGAUAGCGUACAGCUUCAUGAUCAGUUCAUCUUAGAAUGCCAAAUGAAGCUUAAAAAAUUGAAAGCUGCACUUGAUAUGUGCUCUCCGUCAAUUCAGCCAGAAAUUCCUAAUAAUUUAACAAAGGCGAUUAAUGCUCUUAAUAAUACAAUUACAGAGUUAAAUCGUGGAACUAAAACCAUGGACUCGCUUAGAAGAUUCAAAAUACAAGCAACGAUUCCCCCUUCAUCCGAUAACCAACCAGUUCAUAUGCAUGUUCGUAUUGAUCAAUCAUACUCUUCAAAAGCACUCGAGCCAAAUUGCUAUAUUGUAAUUACUCCUCCAGCCGGAGAAAUUUUCAAAACGCCUUUAACUCAUUCCAAGAAUAGCAUAUAUAACUAUUCAUAUGAUUGCAAUUUAGGCAAUAAAACCGCACAAAACAUUUCAUUUUUAAAGGCAAGUGAAUUGAAAUUUAAAAUUUUUAGAGUACCACCAAAAGUAUACGGCGCUGAAGAUAUACUGUUAGGAGAAGCAAAUGUUGGAUUAGGUCUUCUUCAAUAUUCGACUACGAUUACUCAAAAACUAGAAUUUACUUUGAAUGGGCAACAUUCUGAUUACAUAUUUGAGUGCAAAAUUACCUUAGACUCCCCACUUGUUCAGGAUUCUGGCAUUACAGUUGACGAAAUUAUAAGCGUUUUUGAAAUAUAA